GAGCCUUUCUGAUAUAGAUAAAACUGGAUGUCUUAAUCGUGAAAAAUUUGCUGUCACUAUGUAUUUGAUCCAAAAAACGUUAAAUGGAUUUCCAUUACCAACCACUUUGCCAACAAGUCUUAUUCCACCAUCAAUGCGUCAUAUUACUGACAAUCAAUACAAAGCAGCUAGUCAUUUUUUUGAUUUAGAAGAAUCUUCGACUCUUGGUCAUAUUUCAAAAAAAAACAAUGGGUCAACUUCAUCAUCGAUCUCAUAUUAUUCAACAGAAAACUUUUUUGAUUUAAAUGAUCCCAUAGACUCGCAAAAUAAUUUUAUUUCAGAUAGUCGUGUUAUUAAAGAACCACAAAUGAUUGAUUUUUUUGGCGACUCUGAUUUACAUACUAAAAUUGCAAGUGAAAGUAGUGAAAUAAAAAGUUAUGGAACCCAAAUUAAUAUUCUUGGCAAUUCAAGUGAUGAACUAGAAAACAAAAAAGCCAGUUUAAAUUCAACUCUUGCUGAUUUAGUAAUACAAAAACAAGAAAUAAAAGAUCUUUUCUUACAAACACGCUCUUUGUAUGAAGCUGAAUUUAAGGCAGUAGAAGAAAUUCAAAUCCAAUAUCAAUUGGAAAAUGAAAAUUUUGAGAGAGUUAAAGAAGAGCAUGCACAAGCUAAAAGAGCUUUAGCUGCUAUAAGAUUGCAAAAGGAACAAUUAGAAGAAAAUAUUCAAAAAGAUAAAGAUGAAAUAAAUGAAUUGAGAAAGGAAUUGAGAAUAAUCGAAGAAGAAACAGUAUCAAUUAACGCCAAAGUUAAAGACUUUCAAAAAGACAGUGCACAACAAAAAGGUUUACUUAUGAUUAAUAAAAAACAAUUGGAAACCUCCAAAGCUGAAAGAGAAAAGUCAUUGGAGGUCUUAAAAACUUUUGAAAAAAGUAACAAUCUACCUGAUAUAAACAAGGAUGCUUUCGUUUCUACACCAUUAACGACAACGUCAUCAAAUCAUAAUUCCUUUAAUGUUUCUCAAUCAAUGUUUAAUGAACCAGGAAAAAGUUCAGCUGAUUUUUUUAAUGGGCAAGGCGAAAAUAAACUCCAACCAACUCACAUUAAAAAUAGCACAACUUCGACCAUCGAUCCAUUUGAUUUUGACAAUUUUAAAAAUGCAACAUCAGACAAAUCAGGUCUUGAUUCUGCGUUCGCAACGCUUGAAGUUACAAAUAAGAAUAAUGGUGAUGAUUCAUUCUUAACUGACACCUUUAAUUCCGAGAAAUUUCCUUCUUUAGAGGAACUUGAAGGUUUAACACCUGGUAAUAAUUUUAAUUUUGAAAAAGAAAACAAGACAAAUCAUUUUGACACAACCAAGCCAGAUGAAAAGAUUACUUCUCCAUAUAUGAAUGAAGAUAAAGUCGAAAAUACACUUAAAAACAAGCCAAUUGAUUUAUUAAAAGGAUUGAUGAAACCUUCGACUAAUACCAAAGAUGCUCCUUCAAAGAAUAUUAAUAAACCAAUAAAUACGAAUAAUGCAAUUUUUGAUUCUGCAUUCGGAAAGAUGGGUUUUCCAAGAGAAAAUGCUAUAAAAGCACUUGAAGAUAAUGAUUAUGACUUGAACAAAGCAAUAUUUGCUUUAUCUAACGUUUAA